AUGGAGAAAGCUAAAAAAUAUUUAAAAAAGGAAUUCCAACCACAAAUGUUUAAUAUGACCCAUGAGGACCUAAGUGACUUUUACCUUAGCGCGUUUCAGAAAAAUGUGGCUAUUUGGCCACUAUUUCUGUUUAGACUAGUGUUAUUUUGUGGUGCUUUGGCUACAGUGAUAGCUUCAAUGAUCAUCAUGUCCCAGGACAUGGAAAUCAAACACUGGUUUAUUUUCAUGACACAUUGGGGACUCCUUUUUAAUGCAUUGGCCACUGGACUGGCGUGCGCUGUGUCUGGGGUAAAACUUUUCACUGGAUUAGACUCAAGCAUAAGUACACUUGUAAAAGUGUACUGGGUGUCCUUCAACUCCACCAUCACCAUAGCAUUCUUCAUCACGGCGUUCUACUGGACACUCCUUAGCGAUGACGAUUUACUAGCAGAUUACGCAUUCGAUCCCGUUCUGGAUAUAUUCGUGCACGGCAUCAACUCAGUGGUGAUGUUCUGUCUGCUCGUGACCUCCCGACAACCCACCAGGAUCCUCCACUUCUACGUACCACUAGCCCUUGGCAUUGUAUACAUGGUGUUCAGUCUCCUAUACUACUUCCUUGGUGGAUUAAGUCCCUUCGGCACAGUGUGGAUCUACCCAAUGCUGGACUGGUCGGACCCUGGCUCCACAAUAGUGCUGGUGAUAAUCUCAGCGCUACUGAUGAUCGUGCUCCACUUCGUCGUGGUCUCCAUGACCCUCAUCAGGGAUGCCGUCACCAAGUCAUGCAAACAGUCCACAGUUCUUCCGAUUUGUGAAGAAGACAAUGGAAUAUCCAGAAAUCUUUACUCAUAG